CAUUAUUUGGUUAGUUGAAUGAAAAAUUAGGGAAUGGGAAGUGUGAAACCUACCUAAAAUAUGGCUAUGUAGAUGAUAUUCAUUGAAGAGAGAGAGAAUAUAGAAGUGUAAAAAGAGAAAAUGGUGCCAGCUAUGAAUUAGAAGGAUCAAAGCUUUCUCUGAAGCUGUCAUCUAUCUCUCUCUUUCCUUAUAGUGCUCUGUUUCUCUCCACAUUCACACACUCUCCCUCUCUCUCUCCAUUAUUAAAUCACUUGUUGUUGUCUUUCUUUUUUCAAACCUUGGAAGCAAGGAAUUCUUUUUUGAUGAUUUAAUCGAAAGCUUCUUCCUCCAAACAAACAUCAAUGGCGGUUUAUCCUAACGUUAAUGGCGAUAAGAAGCACUGGUGGUUCACUCACAGAAAGGUAUAAGCGAUCUCUAACCUGGAAAUACAGUUCUUGAUUCAAAGAUCAUCAUCAAUCAUGUUAACUUUUUUUGGGUUUUCUCAGCUUGUUGAUAAGUAUAUAAAGGAUGCAACAACUUUAAUGGCAAGUGAGGAGGCAAACGACGUCGCUUCAGCUCUUCAUUUACUAGACGCAGCCUUAUCUAUCUCCCCGCGUUUGGAAACUGCGUUAGAGCUCAAGGCUAGAUCUCUCCUCUUCCUCCGUCGUUUCAAGGAUGUCGCCGAUAUGCUUCAGGAUUAUAUCCCCAGUCUUAAACUCGACGACGAAGGAUCCGCUUCUUCUCAAGGCUCUUCUUCCUCCGACGGUAUCAACCUUCUCUCCGACGCCUCUUCCCCUGGCUCCUUUAAAUGCUUCUCUGUUUCCGACUUGAAGAAGAAAGUCAUGGCAGGCAUUUGUAAAAAAUGCGACAAAGAAGGGCAAUGGAGGUAUGUGGUGUUGGGUCAAGCUUGUUGCCAUCUAGGACUAAUGGAGGAUGCCAUGGUUCUCCUACAAACCGGUAAACGCCUCGCCUCCGCCGAGUUCCGUCGCCGGAGUAUUUGCUGGUCCGACGAUAGCUUCCUUCUCCUCUCCGAAUCCUCCUCUGCUUCUUCUCCACCACCCGAGAGCGAGAACUUCACCCAUCUCCUCGCUCACAUCAAGCUUCUUCUCCGUCGUCGCGCCGCUGCAAUCGCCGCUCUCGACGCUGGACUGUUCUCCGAGUCGAUCCGUCACUUCUCCAAGAUCGUCGAUGGCCGUCGCCCUGCGCCUCAAGGAUUCCUCGCCGAAUGCUACAUGCAUCGAGCCGCCGCUUAUAGAUCCGCCGGUAGAAUCGCGGAAGCGAUCGCCGAUUGCAAUAAAACCCUAGCUCUUGAACCCUCGUGUAUCCAGGCGUUAGAAACCAGAGCCGCGCUUCUAGAAACGGUCAGGUGUUUUCCAGAUUCGCUUCACGAUCUAGAACACUUGAAGCUUCUCUACAACACCAUUUUACGCGAUCGGAAGCUUCCGGGUCCGGUGUGGAAGCGGCACAACGUGAAAUACAGAGAGAUUCCUGGGAAAUUGUGCGUUUUGACAACGAAAACGCAGAAACUUAAGCAGAAAAUCGCAAACGGAGAAACUGGGAAUGUCGAUUAUUACGGCUUGAUCGGAGUCAGACGCGGAUGCACCAGAUCGGAGCUCGAUCGAGCUCAUCUAUUGCUAUGUCUCAGAUACAAACCCGAUAGAGCCUCUUCUUUCAUCGAACGGUGCGAGUUCACCGAUCAAAACGACGUCGAUUCGGUUAGAGAUCGAGCCAAAAUGUCGUCUCUGUUGCUUUACCGUUUGAUUCAGAAAGGAUACACCGCCGUGACAGCGAUCAUAGCCGAGGAGCAGAGGAAGAACGCCAUUGCUCACGCUCAAAAGAUUGAAGAACGCAAACCGGUUGAAAAAUCCGGUUCUAUUAAGAGAACCGGAAACGCUGAAACGAAACCGGUAAAUUCCAAUGCGUACCAAGGAGUAUUCUGUAGAGAUCUCGCUGCGGUUGGGAAUCUACUAACCAGGGCUGGUUUCAACCAUCCAAUCCCGGUUAAAUACGAAGCGCUCACCUGCUAAAAAAUAUUGAACCGAAUUUUUUAUCCUACCAUGUCAGCCACUGGAAACGUCGUCGUUUCCGUAGAUUCGUCUUCGGACAGAAAAACAAAUCAUUCAGCCGUCAAAAAAGAAAAUAAAAUAAGAAAAUAUAUAUACAUUUGAUGUAUGAAUACAAAUGAAACAAUGUAUUUAGGUUUGGAAGAUUAUUCCAACUACAAGAAAAUUUUGUCACUUUACUUUUAUCUUCAAU